AUGAUGUUUUAUUACGAGGCUAUCGAGCUUUUCAGAACGUCUCUUUCUUGCACUAAGCGGUUCGUUUGGAAAUAGACUGCUAGAACCAAGUGGCUUUCUUUGAUCACCACCCUCAAGACGGGGGUUGCAUGUUUAUCUGGGCGAAAAUUUAAUCAAUGUAUUGAUCAUACAAGAAAUGCCACCCAACUGAAGACCCGCUUUUUGUUUCUUGCAAGGGAAGUUUAGCUUUACGGAAACCGUGCCUCUUAGAGUUCCAUAUUGGCUCAUUAUCAAGAUUGAGACGUUGUCAAACAUAUCCUACAACAAGAUGACAAUCAAAUCAAUUAAUUCUGAAGUUUCCAACCCUGAAAGAAUGUGGAGUACAGCACAUAGGAGGAGCAGAAGAGCGGCUUCAGCCAGAGGAUCUCGUGAUUCACAUUCCUUCUAUGAGAAAAACCCACCUGUCCCGACCGUGACAGAGCACAUAGCCACUCCCAUGAGACACAGGCGAAAAAAUCAUGUCCAGGAAAACAUCCUCUUCGUCAUGAGGUCCAAACCGUUUGAACAACAUGAUCCAAGAAUUGUUGACAGUGUCAACGGGUCAUCUCAAUCAGUUCUUAAUUCUGGAUUGGUUUCAACCUACUCGAAGAAAAAGUGUUUUGGUAAAAUUCCAAAUUAUAUCAAGAAACACGCCAAAGAUCAGCGGGAAAGAAUGAAUGCAAUGGAAAUGGAAGCUCAGAGAAGAAUGGAAAGAGAAGCCAAUUGCUUUCUGAGCUUGGAUCAGCGAUCAUCUAUCUUACAGGGUCUUCAAAAAAAUUGGUCACUCCACCAACACCAAUUCUUGGGUCUUUCUCUGUUCGGGGACACUCCUCACGAGAAAAGGCGUCAAGACAUCAUCCAGUCUCAUCUAAUGGAAUUGGAGAGAUACAUUGACAUUUUGAAAUCAUUCCCAACCAUUACCAUCCUGGACUAAAAGGUGGGAAAAUAAUGACAAGUGAUGAUUCAUUUCAUUUUUUGUGCCUCAUCUGUAAAAAACACGUCUUCAAAGAACAUUUAAUAAACAAAGUCAAAGCACAA